GCUCGUACGCGUGAUCAGGAAAGGCAGGAGAUAGAGAUCUACCAUAGUGAUUAUGUUGAGAGAACAAAAUUCCCUUCUGCUGUGCAUCGGCUCUGGAUCCGUGGGAAUUGUGAGCGAAAAGAAAACUACGUGGUACGGUGGACAAGAAUUCAACAAGCGAAAUACCAGGCCCAGGGAAGAGCUUGAGCAUGCAAGGGAAAAAAUUGCGACACAAAAAGGACCCAAAAACCGAAAUACCGUGGGGCCUGUGCAGACCGCCAGCAAGCAACUUGUGAGUCUUUCGCUCAAAAGAGUGAAGAUUCAGGUCGGGGGGGAAAGUUUCUUGAGGCGAACAAAUGCGAAGAAGAAAAGGGCCAAAAACCGAAAUACCGUCGGGCCUGUGCAGGCCGGCGGAACAUAACUUCUGAAGGAUUCUGUCGGAAGCAUGCAGAUUCAGAGCGGGGGAAGAACUUGAGCAAGGUAUCAAAUUGCGACAAAAAAAUGACCCAAAAACCGAAAUACCGGCGGGCCUAUGCCAACCGCCAGCAAGCAAGUUGUAGGUCUUUUGCUCAAAAGAGUGAAGAUUCAGGUCGGGGGGGAAAGUUGCUUGAGGCGAACAAAUGCGAAGAAGAACAGGCCCAAAAACCGAAAUACCUUCGGGCCUGUGCUGCGACCGACGUGUUGUUCGUUUUGUCAAAUUCAAAUACUCGUCAACACAUAGAUACAUAGACUGAUAUUCCCCGGCAUUCACAUUGAGGUGAACUUAGCGCAAGAUGACCGCCGACCUUUCAGGAUGGCAAUUUUCGCCCGCCGGACCAUUCGCGAAGGAGCUGGCAUAAGGGUUGCGUGCAAUAUGGGAGAUCUUGGCGAGGAAGGGCCGCAAUUGAUCGCCAGCUUCGUCCGUGCGUGGGGCCCCUCUCCCGAUCAGGCAGGGACGAGCGGCCCGACGCGAAAACUCGGAAAGUAAUCCUCUGCAAGCUCCUAGACCAAGAGGACGCGCGCAAAACCUCCGCGACCACGGCCACAGGGGCGGCGCCUUCAACAGAACUCAUUGGACUACUUAUUUUUCUCGGCGCCACCUGCACCUGAUUCGUCUACUUUCGUCGAAGGCCCCGCCGCGGAACGCAAAUGCUCCUGCGCGCCGCCAGGCGCCGGCAUUGCGGGAGCGGGCAGGACUAGGAGUAUUGGUGGCCACUACUAGCAAACGCGCGCCCGACUUGCUAGGUGUUCGGAGGACUUUGCGCGACAGGCAUGAGAUACAGGCGGCGGGCAUCAGCCUGGCAAUAAUUCGCGCGCCGCAAACAAAGAGCGCGCCGCAGCGGGCCCCCUUGUCUGUGGAGCGCUGCCGGGCCCGCGUAGGUUUGGCGCUAUGCCGGGGCGUAUCCGGCGCCUGCCUGGUGGCCCUCGCGCCCCGGCUUCCGGCAAGACCGCCGGGGCCUUUGCUGGGCGACUGGUUGGCUUGUUGUUGCGCUUCCCGCCUCGUGUCGCGGGCGCCUGGCGAUUUGCCGGGCGUUGCGUUGCGCCUGCCGCCUGCGUUGCUUGCCCGUUUUGGGCGGCGCGCUCUGUGUUCUUUGCCGUCGGCCAGUAGUAGCGCCAUUGGCUAGGCCGGGGCCCGAAGCGCGAAGAUCGCACGGAGGCGCUUUUGCAGGGCCGCAGAAACUUUUUGGCGGUCGGGGGCCCCUUCGUCAUUGUGGCCACCCCGGGUGGCGCGCCUUCCUGCCAUGCUGCCCGGCGCGUGGGUGCGGCCCACGUUUGUACCUAGUCGCGUUGCUGAUUUCUGUCCAGCCGAGCGCGAGCGGAAUAUGAACAAAAAACAAAACCCGUUUCCUUUUCUUAACGUUGCAUAUGAUACGGAGAUGGACAAGCUCAGGGGCGCGUAGCGAGCGACUUUGUGUCGUAGUCACCCUCGUCGACUUCGAUGGACGGAGCUUGAGCUUAGAAGAGCGGCAGAGUGAGGCUGAGCGGAUUGAUGGUGAGCGCUGAUCAUUUAUUAUGUAAGUGCAGAUAGUUGUGGUUGUCAAAGAUUUUUGUGAGCCGAUGAAACAAAGUUACUUACAGGUCGCAAGCCGCUGCACGCUCAUCAGGAGUCCAGGCCGUGCCUGCUCCUGAUGAAUGCGCAGUGACUUGCGAAACUUUGGUUUUCUUCAUGCUUCAGGGCACGAUUUUCUUCAUGCUCUCCAAACUAUUCGUGUGAGCUUCGAUGUCGCAGAUACAAUUACAGCUACAAGAUGAGUUUCCUGGUGUUAGUUUGGCGCCGGCCACCUGCAAAGCCCGUCCCGCUUGGCCCGUGUUGUGUCAUCUCCGGCGGCAUUUAUUGCCGUUGCGAAGGCGCGCUGCGACGGCAAGAUUGCUGAGUGUUGUUGUGCGUGGCAGCAAUUAUUUGGCGCGGGGGGCUCCGGUUCCUGUGCCGUCGGCUCAUGGUCUGCAUUUCCCGUCUAGCAUGAUCCUGCGUUUUGAUGGAGCUGGAGCACGACGUUGAAGGACGAUGAUAAAAUUGGAACAGACGAGACAGAGACCACUCCGAACGAAGUAUCUUCGUUUCGGGUUUAUUCUUCUGGGACUGGAGCGAGUGCCAGUGCGUGUUUGUCUUCGACUUUGUCUUUGUCGUGUGUCCGGUACUAGGUUGCUAUGUAUUAGGAAGGAGGCACGCUACUCGUUUUACGCUCGGGUUAUUUAUUGAUCCGUCCCGAAGGCAAGUAAGUUUCCCGGCGUGUGGGCCGUGGGCAAAUUAAUCGAGGGAGGGGCGCGCAGCGAUGAGAAGUGAAAUCUCUACUUCGCCGCGUUCUGGAGAUCUAAGUCUCUAGCUCUACUUUGUCAAGGCACGCUUGUCGACUUCGAGGGAGCUCGAGCUCAGAAGAGCGGAAGAGCAACGCUGAGUGGGUUGGUGUGAUGAAUUGAAUUAAGUACUUUAUAUACGAUUUCCACUUCGAUGUCGACGCAGAAGAUACAAGUACAUUACAACUACGAGAUGAGCACGCAGAAGAGCGCCAUGGUGUUUCAUCACCCGAUUAGAGACUCUAGAAAACGUCGCAAGCAUGCAGUCGCUAUGUAUCGUUUACGUCAUGAAGUUUGGCAAGCAGUCUGAGAAAAGGAAAAAUGGGAAACCGUAGUACCAGAGCAGCUAAGUAGUAGAAAGAGAAACGAUGCCGUCUCCAAAGAAGCCGGCUUGCCCGACGUUGCCUGCAACAAGCAGUGCGCCCGCGACCGCCUGUGUAACGCACGAGCGAAAGAUUCGCAUUUUCAACUUAGCGGGGCACAGCGUGAUGAAGUGCAUCGACAGCACCAGGAUUUUUCGGGUCAAGCACCUCAAUGCGCUGGAGUUCAUCUCGUGCUUCUUUGAUGAAUCGCAGAAACUUCCGCCGCUUCACCGGGUAAAGUGGCUGGCUGUAAAGGAUGGAGCUGCUGCGACACCAAGUGCUAGUGAAGAAGAGGCUGUGGAGGUGGAAGAGGGCAUGGAAUUCGAAGGGUUUCACACGACCGGUGGCGAUCGUGCGUCGAAGGCAUCCAGCUCGUCGAAUCCGGAUGUUGGUUUCCUAGAUCCAGACGAUGACAUUCCACCUGGUGAGGGUUGCGCCCUCCGCUUUGUGAUUGUGCCGGAAAGCGGUGGGUUGACACCGGAAAAACUCCAGUGCCCCGCCGGUGUGAUCGCUGAAGAGUGGAUAGACCGCAAUCUUCUGGUGAAUUAUGGCGAAGAUCGUCAUGGUGAUCAUGGUACUUUAACUUUUUUGUUGAAGGGCACCAUAUCCCUUUUUUUUAAAGAUGAUAUUGUUUCACGAAGAUAACAAGAGUCUGAAUUUUAAUGCAGCCGCUCUCAAACUCAGACACGUACACGAAAACCUUGCAGGGACCCUCUACGACUUGACCCUGGAACAAGCGCGGAGCUUUCUCUACGACGGGCUGUAUGCGUUCUUACCGAAUGUAGUUGCUGGUGGAUGUGUACCGUGCGACGAAAAUAUGUUCUUUCGUUUGAGUCUGGAGAACACCACCAAAGAGCAGAACUGCGAGAGAACGAUGAGCAUGCGCAUGUACCGCACCAGGAACUGCAUGGGGUACAGCGAGCCCUUUGAGCGCUGGGAGAACUACUGGAACAUCGUUCGUGCCGUAUUCGAGCUGCCGCAGUCCGAGUGGAUAAAACACGAGGCUGAGACCGGCGGUAAGUGUUUCCGCUUCACACACCACAGAAAGCAAUUCGCUCGGGAGCUUUUGAAAGACCUCCUGUGCUUUAAUCCUGCUUUUGCCCCACAGCACCAUCAAGAAGGUGAGCGCGAGGGCAUCUACGAAGCGAUAAUCGCUGCUGCAGAAAUGAACGCGCAGGAAUACGCGGAGUGGCUGACCGAGACCCUUUUGAAGGACGAAUGGGGAAAUUUCGGGCUCGUGACUGGUUGGCGGACCCGGGGUCAGGAUGGCCGGCUGACUCUGUCCAGUGGCCGAGACCCAUUCCCAGAGGGUAUCUUUCGUUUAUUGAUGUUGAUGAGUUGUGUGCUGCUUGUGAUGGCGCUGCGUCGUGGUCUUCUCGCAGAUUCAGAAGCAUUUUGCGUCAAUAGUCGAUACAUUUUAUGGUUGACAAAUAUCCGGGCGUUUUGUCUUUGUUCUUCGUCAGCACCUGCAACAGUUUAUGAUUAUACGACACCAACAUAGGAAAAGGAAUAGGAAACUCAAUGCUGUGGUGCUGCGUGGACGUGCAAAAUAUGAUUUAUAUUUAUUGACAAUUUAGCAUUUUCGCGAUCACGUUCUUGGGUCAAUUAUUUUGCGACCAACUUCAACACAACAGCAAGAGCCAUCUUGAAGCUUGUGGUGCGCGAUGUCAUGCGGACGUGCGAUCAGCUGGAGCAGGACCAGAAGUUUGAGGAUGGCGACACUUUUGGAGCAGCUGCUGACGACAAGAACCUUAUUCGUGAUUUUUGCGAGACCAUCACAAACCCGUUCCGAGUUGAGAACCUGAGUGCCAUGGCGGAAAUCAGGGCUACUUUCGUUCCCGUGCUAGGGCGACAGAUUGGAAUUUCCGCGCGAUUUUUUCACCUCGGGUCCAGCGUCACGACCAAUGACCUCCUCCAGGAAAUUGCUUGCGUGAUAGGACGUGUGAAACAACGGCUGCAGAACGACCUGCGGAGUGUUGCGGACGACCUGCAGUUCUUUCAGGACGAGUUUACGAAGUUGGGAUUCCAGUGCAACCAUUUCCCGGAGACGAUUGCUCCCCUGCGCGAGCUGGUCCGCAGUAUUGGUACCGAUCACGAUGUCCAGGCUCUGGACAAGUUCGGCAACAUUCGAAAAGAGUUUGAAACAUACUGGAAGAACUGGAUCCGAGACAAGAAACCGAGAACGCCGUGGAACGUGAACUGGGACGAUGUAGCCGAAAUGUGGAAGGUGCACGAUUUACCGUUCGGGGACACAUCGGAUGAGGGUUACGAAAGUGAGGAGCUUCACCACUACGAGCGACGCAGGGGGCGGCCAUCUUACAGUAGUCUGAAGUCGUACCAUUCGGCUUUCUCCACGAGGAAGAAGCAAAAGGCUGCUUCCGCUGCGCAAAGACAAGCCUGGCGGACAGCCCACGGUUACGAUGGUUGGUACCCGCGGUCGUCAGAGUCCGAAGAUGGCGUCAACGAUGAAAAUCGGAAUGCAGCUAGCCGCGCCGUCGAGAAUGAGCAGGAGGACAGCCUUUCUUUCCGGACGCCGCAAUCGCACGCAAGCAGAAGGAGCUGA